UGUGUGUGUGUGUGUGUGUGUGUGUGUGGGUGUGUGUGCACUGGUUUCCAUGUUUUAUGGGGACAAAAAUCUGUAUACACAGUCACGUCAUGGGGACCAGUUGCGGUAUGGGGACCAAAAAGCUGGUCCCCAUGAGUCAAACUGUAAAAUUCGAUAAAGCAGGUGGUCUAUAUGUGCCUGUGAAAUUUUUAGCCUUGGCCCAAAAAGCAUGAUUUUUGAUCAACGUAUGUGUGUAGACAAUGCUCAUUAGCCCCCCCUACAUAGUUUUCACUGCUAUGGCACUCACUGCGACUGCACUGCUCUACACACACAUUUACAUAAUCCCACCCACUUCCUGGUCCCCACAUGUAAGGAUUUUUACAUCAAUGGAUCAGAACAGGCAGAAAGUCAUCUUUAAUUAGAAUCAUCAGAAGACACUAGAAAGAGCUAGUCAACAUGCCAGCAGAAGAAGAUGAAGUAAAUGUAACACAAAAAAUGCUAAUUUGUUUGCAUGAACAAAUAAGUUUUCUAUUAUGUAUUAUCUAGUUAUAUAUUUCAUUGCAUUCACUGCUUCACACACAUAUUUGCAUAAUCCCGCCCACUCCCUUGUCCCCAAUAUGUGGUGAUUUUUACAACGAUGGAGUCAAACAGGUAGAAAGCAAUCUUCAAUUAGACUCAUCAGAAGACGCUAGCAAGAGCUAGUAAACAUGCCAGCCAAAGAAGCAAAAAUAAAACCUAAGUUUGAAAUGCCAAAAAGGGUCAGCCCCCUUCAGGAUGCCAUUUGUCAUGUUACCUCAAAGACUGACAAGACAGACAAAUUGUGCAUCAAGUACAUUGAUGCAGUUAAAGGACGUGGUGUUUUUGCAAAAGCUGCAAUCAGCAGAGGUCAAUUUGUUGCAGAAUAUAGGGGUGAUCUGAUAAAUGAUUCAGAAUAUCAGUGCAGAAGAAGAGUUUACCACCCAUCAUGUGCUGCAUUUAUGUUUGCAUUUAAGUGGAGAGGAAAAACAUGGUGCAUUGAUGCUUCAAGAGAUGAUGAAUCAUUUGGGAGGUUGGUAAAUGAUGAACACAGACGGCCAAACUGUAAAAUUAAAAGGAUUGAUGUGGAAGGAAAGCCACACCUCUGUUUGUUUGCUGUGGAAGACAUUCAAGAAGGAGAAGAAAUAAAUUAUGAUUAUGGAGUUGAUGACUGUCCAUGGAGAACACAAAUGAACGGCAUUAAGGAGAGUGAUUUGGGAAUAGAGACCUCUUGUUCCUCCAUGAUUAUGGAUCAGAUGGAGAAUGUGACAUGUCAAAACAACUCUCAACAGAUGGCCGCCUUUGAGGACUGUGAUUCGGCUUUAGAGACCUCUCAUCCCUCCAUGACCGUUGAUCAGUUAGAGAUUGCUGCUGUUCCAAACAAUACACAACAGAUGACCAUCAUUAAUGACAGUGCUUUGGCUUCAGAGACCUCUAAUCCUUCCAUGAGUAUGGAUCAGACUGAGAUCUCUACUUGUCCAAACAAGACUGAACAGAUGACCACCAUUAAUGACAGUGCCUUGGCUUCAGAGACCUCUACUCCUUCCAUGGAUAUGGAUCAGACGGAGAUCUCUACUUGUCCAAACAACACUCAACAGAUUGCUGCCUGCAAGGACUGUGAUUUGGCUUCACAGACCUCUCAUCCCUACAUGAGUAUGAAUCAGAUGGAGAUUGCGACUUGUCCAAACAACACUCAACAGGUUGCAGCCUACAAAGACUGGGAUUUGGCUAUAGAGACCUCUCAUCCCUCCACGACUGUGGAUCAGUUAGCGAUUGCUGCUGUUUCAAAUAACACACAACAGAUGAUCACCAUUAACAGUGAUAUAGCUUCAGAGAUCUUUUGUUCCUCUAUGACUGUGGGUCAUUUUGAGAAUGUUGCUGAUUCAAACAGUCAACAGAUGACCGCCUUUAAGGACAGUGCAUUGGAUUCAGAGACCUCAUGUCCUUCAACAACUGUAUAUAGUAAGGAGAAUGUUGCUUUUCCAAACAACACUCAACAGGCUAUUACAACGACACAUAGUGACAGACACAGAAGGACCAGAAGUGUCAUUGUGAGUUUAUAUACUGGAAGAUACUAAAUAGAUCAAAACUGAGUUUGUCUUUUUUCACUUUAGUGUGUUGCUCAAAAUGUUAUAUUUAAUGUUCUAAUCAUACAGUAGCCCGUGAUUGGUGACGAAUACAAGUUAACAUAGGUUUUAAACAACUCACACUUAAAUGACAUACUAAUUAGUGAUCUUCAGACAA